AUGCCGCAGCAAUUGAGCUCCAAGGAUGCGUCCUUAUUUCGCCAGGUGGUUCGUCACUAUGAAAACAAGCAACAUAAAAAGGCGAUGAAGGCUCUGAUCAUGAGCAACCAAGGACAGCAAGAAGAGGCGUUCGCGCUGGCCAAGGUAGCUCUGAAGAAUGACAUGAAGUCGCAUAUCUGCUGGCACGUUUAUGGAUUGCUAUAUCGCGCCGAAAAGAAUUACGAAGAGGCAAUCAAGGCAUACCGAUUUGCUUUAAGAAUUGAGCCGGACUCCCAGCCCAUCCAGCGGGAUCUUGCUCUGCUCCAGAUGCAGAUGCGGGAUUACCAGGGUUAUAUACAGAGCAGGAGUGCGAUGCUGCAGGCCCGGCCCGCUUUUCGACAAAAUUGGACGGCGUUGGCAAUUGCGCACCACCUCUCUGGCGAUUUGGAAGAAGCAGAGAAGGUGCUGACGACCUACGAGGAGACCCUCAAAAGUCCUCCGCCACUUGCCGACAUGGAGCACUCGGAGGCCGUCCUGUACAAGAACAGCAUAAUGGCCGAGGCGGGCAAGGUUGAGAAGGCUCUGGAACAUCUUGAGGCUGUAGGUCACCGGAUUACGGAUGUACUUGCGGUGAUGGAGAUGAAGGCGGACUACCUUCUGCGACUAGACAGAAAGGCCGAAGCAGAGGCCGCUUACACUGCUCUUCUGGAACGCAACCCGGAGAACUCGAUCUAUUACAACGCCCUGAUUAGGACCAAAGGAAUUCCAGAAACCGACCACAAGGCAUUGAAAGCUGUAUAUGAUCACUGGGCGGAAAAGAACCCGCGAGGUGAUGCUCCUCGAAGAAUCCCCUUGGACUUCUUGGAGGGGGACGAGUUCAAACAAGCUGCCGACGUUUAUCUACAGCGCAUGCUCAAGAAGGGUGUACCAUCGCUGUUUGCGAACAUCAAGACUUUGUACAGCAACACCGAAAAACGUGAUACGGUGCAGGAGCUCGUCGAAAGCUAUGCUUCGGGCAAGGUGGUGCCGCAGUCGAAUGGAGAGAACCAGGCCAACGGAGACAACACAGAAUUCCUCUCUUCUUCUUACUAUUUCCUCGCCCAACAUUACAACUAUCACAUCAGUCGCAACUUGCCCAAGGCCAUGGAAUACGUUGAGAAGGCUAUCGAGUUAUCCCCUAAAGCCGUUGAGUACCAGAUGAUGAAGGCGAGGAUAUGGAAACAUUAUGGGAACCUUGAGAAGGCCGCAGAAGAGAUGGAAAAGGCCAGAAUCCUCGACGAGAAAGACCGCUAUAUCAAUUCCAAGGCAGCGAAAUACCAACUUCGCAAUAACGAAAAUGACAAGGCACUCGAGAACAUGAGCAAGUUCACUCGGAAUGAGACAGUUGGAGGGGCAUUGGGUGAUCUCCACGAGAUGCAGUGUGUCUGGUAUUUGACGGAAGAUGGCGAGUCGUACCUUCGACAACAUAAACUUGGACUUGCCCUCAAGCGCUUCCACGCUGUGUAUAAUAUAUUUGAUGUGUGGCAAGAGGACCAAUUCGAUUUCCACAGCUUCUCUCUCCGGAAGGGUAUGAUCCGAGCGUACGUUGACAUGGUGCGCUGGGAAGAUCGUCUGCGCGAACAUCCUUUCUACGCGAGGAUGGCUCUCUCUGCCAUCAAGGCAUAUUUGCUUCUCCAUGACCAGCCCAAUCUUGCUCAUGGACCAUUGCCCGGCGGCGUCAAUGGGGAUGCGACGGACGAUGCUGAACGCAAGAAGGCCCUCAAGAAGGCUAAAAAGGAACAGCAACGGUUGGAAAAGAUCGAAUCCGAUAAGCGAGAGGCGAGAAAGGCAGCCGCAGCCACUGCAAAGGGCGCCGAUGGAGAAGCGAAAAAGGAGGAUCCAGAUCCACUUGGAAACAAGCUUGUUCAGACAUCGGAACCACUGAAAGAGGCGACCAAGUUUUUGACCCCGUUGUUGGAAUAUUGCCCUAAGAAUAUUGAGGCCCAAUGCCUUGGGUUUGAAGUGUAUCUCAGGAAAAACAAAUAUGCGCUCGCACUUAAAUGCUUGUCCGCCGCGCAUGCUAUCGACCCGUCCAACCCGACUCUUCAUGUUCAACUCCUCCGGUUCCGCAAAGCACUGGACAGCUUAUCUGAGCCACUCGUACCCCAAGUUGCAGAGGUUGUCAACGCCGAGUUUGAGGCUCUACUCCCCAAAUCACAAAAUCUGGAAAAGUGGAAUAAUUCGUUUACCGCCGCGCACAAGGAUAGUGUCCCGCACACACAAGCAGGUCUGACUUGCGGACAGCUCCUGAACUCGGAGUCGAAAUCCCAGUGCGAGAAGGACCUUACCGCCACACUCGAUUCCGACGUCGUCUCCAUUGAGAGUGCUCUGGCUGGACUGAAUUUGCUAGGCGAGUGGGGAAGUGAUCAAGCUGCAAAGACGGCGUACGCUCAAAAAGCCUCCAACAAGUGGCCCGAGUCGACCGCAUUUCGCCUGAGCUGA